AGGAAGGAAGAAAAGGUAGAAGAGGAAAAACAUAUCCAAGUAGGGGAGAGCAACUGCAGGCAAGAGGAAAAGGGGCUUUCUGCUACACUCCAGCACUAGACCCCAUCUUGAAGUACAACAAAGGAAAUUUAUAAUCUUUUAACCAUAUUUUCUGGACCAUUAUGACAACAACAUCAUUUCAGCACUACCAAUAAAUUGUUACAUGAUGAACCUGUGAAGCAGGGAUUACAGCAGAACUCCAGUUAACACAACUGCUUGCCCAAGACCAGAUGUAUUUCAUACAGCUCUGCUGAAUUAUUCCCAUUUUAUAGAGUGGAAAGCUGAGUCUUGUAAGAAUGAAGCUACUUGUUCAUGGUUACACAGAGAGUCUGAGCUAGGAAAGCACAUAAAAUGCCUGACUCUUAGUUUUCUUGCUGGGGUAGAUUCAGUCUACCUGGGUUUGGGCUAAGCACAGCAGAUGCAGCCAAGUACAAUACAGUAUAUAGGAAGCCUUCUGUAGUGAAGUGUUAACAUUUUAGCCCUGACAGGGAAAUUGUUUCCUUCUGGAGGUUUAGGAUGUGAUGUGGUGAUGACAAACAAAGUGGGGAAGGGUGUAGGCUGUAAUCAGUUUCUUCACAUGAAGGAUAUAAAAAUAGCUUUGCUUUCACUGUGAGACGGGGAAGGGAUUUCUUUCCUAAGGAGGACAAACAUAGUUACCAGAUCUCCUCCCCCGCUCCACCCUCUGAAACGUAGCAGGCUGGACUGCGAUGUAGAUGAGGCCAGUCCCCUGGAGGGGCUGGCGGGAGCAGCAGUGAGGGGAGGCACAGAGGAAGAAGGGUUCUACUGCAACCGGUAUGCUGGGCUCCCCUUCCCUUGCUUCAUAGUGGAGGAACUAAAGCCACAUCCAGAAACCUUAUGAAUCGCUUAGGAGCAGGGAAACAUAGCAACUGCCUCUCUGGGAAGCUGCACGGACUUCAUGAACCUCUCGGGGCCUUUCCCUGGGCUGCUUCCUGGGGGCUGGCGUGGACGCGGCGGUUGGGAUGGGUCCUUUACCUCUCUGUCUCUGCAGAUACAACCUUUGUUGCACUUCCAGCCUUGCCAGUAACUGGUGAUGGGAGAGAUACUGCAAUGAAAUCUGAUAGGCCAGAGAAGCUUUAAAUCAUCACGCUUCUGCUCUGGCUACCAAAAGCGCAUGCUUUUGCUGGCUUGGACAUUAUUUGCAGCGUGGAAGAUUGUCCAACUGAAUGAGAAAGAUGCCUGCUCCUACAUCACACCUUUGGAAUUACAUCCCAGAAGAAAUCCUUAUCCAUAUAUUUUACUACCUGUCUCUUCGAGACAGAUACACAGCAUUCCAAGUGUGCAGACACUGGGCUGCAGCAGUUACUACUAGUUCAGUGUGGCAUUUCACAGAGAUCAGUUGUGAUUCAGAGGAUGAGGAGAGCAUGCUGCAGAGUUUACACCAGUUCCUAAGCCAAAUCAAACACCUGAAGAUUGUAUUUGACCAGUCCAAGGAGAUUAACCGGAAGAACGUCACUCACAUCCUAGACAUGUUGGCUAUGCAGAACCACAAAUUGCAGAAGCUGUGUAUUAUGUGCCAAGGAGAGAACCCUUACUUCUACUCUGGCCAAGACAUCCUACAGAGCAUACGCAAUAUAUGUCAGAGUGAGAACCACAUAGACCUUCAGCACAUUGAUUUUCGGAGAAUGCCAUUCACCCUUGAUGAUGGGCUUGUUGGACUCAUAGCUGCCAGCAGUCCAAACUUGCACAGUUUGUUCAUCAACAACCGGACACUGGUUUGCAACGUUAAGCCAGAAACCAUUAUAGAGGUUCUGAGAAUGUGUCCUAAAUUGUCUACCUUAGGAGUCUACUAUGCCAGCCUGUCUGAUGAUGUCUUUCUGGAAUUGAUCAAGCCAAACAGAGGGCCUUUCACAGGCUUAGAUAUUUUCUGUGAACGUCUGGACAAAUACAUCCCAGUCAUUUCUGAAGAGCUUUGGGCUGCUGUCACCCAGAAGCAUCCUCACCUCUGUGUAGACCUGGAGUUUGACCAUACAGUUCCUGCCUGGAAGAUACCACGAAUCCUAAAACCAAAUAUACCUGUGGACACUUUACAACUUAAUACUUUCACUUAUAUGGUGAACCAGGUUAGAUUUGUCACCAACAGUUACAGCACCAUGUUGAAAAGACUGGUGCUCCACACUACUCCUUCAGAGGACUUGAAUGCCUCACUAAUCGACCUGGCAAAGAAAUGUGCCAAUCUGAUAGAGAUUCAUUGUUACUGUGUGGUGAGUCAGGACGUGGUAGGUGCCUUUCUUGAACACUGUCCCAAUCUUAAAAGAUAUACACUCAAGAUUACCAAAGAACAACAUCCUUGGAAACCAGUAAUAGUUCAGUGAUUUCCUCAUCCUAACUUAUGGAUUUCAUGGACGCACAGAUUCACAGUGAAUGGAGUUUGAAUUUUUAGGGACCUUUCCUCAAAACCCAUACCCCAGUCUUUUCACUAGCUCUGCACAAGCACAGAUAUACACAGACACCUUCUCUCUUCAGCCCUAGCCAAUCUUCUGUAAAAAGUACAGUGUUUGCAUCUUUGCUCCAGAAAUGGAGGUUUUAGACUUGGAAGUAACAUGCAAAAGAUUAAAGGAAUUGGAAUGUGUCUUUUUUGUUUGUUCCUGAGAUAAUAUGGAGGUUCAUUUUUCUGUUCCUUUAUUUAAGUUAGCAAUAUCAGGAAUGUUAACUUUGCACUUUUUUUUCCUUGAGGACCUCAGGACUGUGUAUUGUUAUUAAUUUAAAUUUUACAGUGUGGUAGCACCCAGACCAGCCCUUGAAGCCAUAUUCUAUUGGGUGCUAUUAUAGCUCCUUAAAUGAAGGGGAAGGAAUUGGUUAUCUUUAACAAAGCCUUUCAUUAGCUAGAAUGCCCAUAUUUCAUUGUGACAAACUAUAGGAUUUAUUGUAUUACAAUAUUUCUGUUUUAAAUGUGUUCAUGUUAUCAUGUUGUGUGCCUCAGUUUACCCAUGAACCUAGUAUAUGGUAAAGGAAUGGGUUAAGAGGCAGUGAAGCAAGAGAUCUAUUUACAGUGUGGGACAAGACCAGACAGACCUCCAGCAUCAAGAGAGACUUGAAUAGAUUUGUUGUGCCAAGCUCUGAAAAGUGGAGGAGGAAGGAGAGUGGUCUUACUCUAUGCUGUCCCCAUACCCUGCUCCUACAGCUGGGCAGUGUAGGGCCAUUUCUGCCAUGGCACUGACUGGGGGCGGCUGGGAAAAGCAUUUUGCUGUGCCCUCUAAGUCAGCAACUAGAGUGACUGCCUUGCUUUUCUGCCCCACUCCCCCUGCCAGUUGUGCUACUGUUUACCUGUACGUUUGUCCAUACCCUUAUUCUUGGAAGUGGUGUCCCACUGAAGCCAGCAAAACAACUUGUGUGAUCCAACAUAAGUCAGGGCUCCAGAGCUUGGCUCAAACAAAUACAUCUGUGCAUAACCCACUCCCAACAACAACUCAUCCUCUGACAACAUUCAAGAAAAGAUCAAUGCCAAAAAACCCCAAAAAACAUCAGAUUGGACACCUCGCAGUGGACGAAACCCUAACCUUGACCGCUAC